CCGCGAGCUUCGAAAGGGCGGGAAAGGCGGUUGGAGAGGGAGGGGCGAGCGGUUACUCACUCCAUGGCUGCGCAAAGGAGAGGCGGCGGCGGCCUCGGCUGAAGAGAGAAGGCAGGAGCGGAGAGCGCAGGCGCGGUUGCAGACACCGGUGGAUUUGCUUUGGAGCCGGAGUAGCUGCUGCCCCCAGAGUCUGGAGCCAUGAGCGGGUUUAAUUUUGGAGGCACUGGGGCCUCCACAGGAGGGUUCACAUUUGGCACCACAAAGACAGCAACGACCACGCCCGCCACAGGCUUUUCUUUCUCCACAUCCAGCACUGGCGGGUUUAGCUUUGGGACUCCCUCCCAGUCAGCCGCCAGCACCCCUGCCACCAGCCUGUUCUCACUCAGCACCCAGACUCCCGCGACACAGACCCCGGCCUUCAGCUUUGGGACCACGACGCCUGCAGCAGGAGCCACCGGAUUUUCCUUAGGGAGCAACACCCCAAAGCUGAGCCUGGGCAGCACGGCCCCGGCCCCAGCCCAGCCCGGCGGCUUCGGGCUCGGGGGCAGCACGCUCAGCAGCGCGGUCUCCAGCGCCAGCACGUCCGCCCAGGGUGCAGCGCCCGGCGGCUUUGUGUUUGGCUCCGCCACCGCAUCUGCCACCCCGCCCACCACAUCCACGUCCGGGGGCUUCUCGUUCACAGGUGGGAGUACAUCCCAGACUGGGACCUCUGGCUUCAACAUAGGCUCCCUGGGGGGCCCAGCCCAGCCCCCAGCCCUUGGCGGGCUGCCCUUCACUGCGGCCGCUCCAGCAGCCACUGGAGCGGGAGCCGCACAGCCGGCCGCGCCCACCCCCGCCGCCACCACCACCAGCGCUGGGCCCUCGCUCUUCACCUCGCUGGCAACUGCUCCCACCUCGUCCGCCGCCACCGGGCUCUCCCUUGGCACCCCAGCGACCACCACGGGGACAGCAGGAGCGGGGACGGUGGGCUUCAACCUGAAGGCCCCUGGAGCAGCUUCCACCACCUCCACGGCGACAACCACCACGACCACGACCGCUGCCACCACCAGCACCACCGGCUUCUCCCUUAACAUAAAGCCCCUGGCUCCGGCCGGGAUCCCCAGCAACACGGCGGCCUCCGGGAGUGCACCCAGCGGUGCCAGCACGGCUGCCGGGGGGUCGGGCAGUGCUGCGCUGACCUACGCCCAGCUGGAGAGUCUCAUCAACAAGUGGAGCCUGGAGCUGGAAGACCAGGAGCGGCACUUCCUGCAGCAGGCCACGCAGGUCAAUGCCUGGGACCGCACGCUGAUCGAGAAUGGCGAGAGGAUCACCAGCCUCCACCGCGAGGUGGAGAAGGUGAAGCUGGACCAGAAGCGGCUGGACCAGGAGCUCGACUUCAUCCUGUCACAGCAGAAGGAGCUGGAGGACCUGCUGAGCCCGCUGGAGGAGUCGGUCAAGGAGCAGAGCGGCACGGUGCACCUGCAGCACGCCGACGAGGAGCGCGAGAAGACCUACAAGCUGGCCGAGAACAUCGACGCGCAGCUCAAGCGCAUGGCCCAGGACCUCAAGGACAUCAUCGAGCACUUGAACACGUCGGGGGGCCCGGCCGACACCAGCGACCCGCUGCAGCAGAUCUGCAAGAUCCUCAACGCGCACAUGGACUCGCUGCAGUGGAUCGACCAGAACUCGGCGCUGCUGCAGAGGAAGGUGGAGGAGGUGACCAAGGUGUGCGAGGGCCGGCGCAAGGAGCAGGAGCGCAGCUUCCGCAUCACCUUCGACUGAGCCCGCUGCCGUGGGGGGGGUGCUGUGGCGUUGUUGGGGUGCAGGGAGAUACGUGUUUCUGUGCUCCUGUCUUUCGAACAGUCGUGCUGUUGAUAGAACUGUUCUGUGGUUUGACUUUUCGUCUUAGUGAAUAGAAAGUAUUCUCAGCAAUCUGGGCCAGGCCGCAGCCUCGUAGGUGUGGUUUCUCCACGUCCUAGACCCUCUCCACCUGCUACAACCACCCGCCUCCAGUUGUGCUGGAGGAGGGCUGAGCCGCCAGAGAGCCGCCUGUCUCCCAGCGGGGUGCCAGGCCGCCACUCUGCCCGACAGAGUCAGAGAUGCGGGGAGGAGAGCUCCAUCCUCACGGAGCCAGCCGCCUGGAGUGAGUGUGAGCGGUUCAGAGAAAUGGCCUGUGGGUGGAGCGGACAGUGGGACGUAGGAUCUUAGAGGAGGAGAGACAGGUCAGAAGAGAAGAGAGGUCUCUUCUUGCCUGGCUGACACACCGCAUUGGCCACCCUGAAGCCGGGUUGGUGUCGUCCAUGGGCCAAUCCACCCUGAGCUUGUGAGCGCACACCUUUGGUAACACUGGCCACACUAGACUGUGCAAACUACUCGCUUCUCCACCUCACCGUGAGGUUGUGCGCCCUGUGGGCAGGGCCUGUUUCCUGUCCCCCUUGUGUGCUCAGCACAGCAGUCCCUGUCACAGUAUCAAACAGAUGAACAGUAGAGAUGAGACCGGCAUAAAACGCUCACCCACCGAAUGAAUGCCUGUGGAAGUGGCCAGGGUGCCAGGGGCAGCCACAGACUUGAUUCUGAACCUCCCAGAGUCAAGGCAAGCCUGGUCGGUUCCAGUGAGAUCCAGUGUCCAGAGCCAGCUGUGUCCCGGGUGGCUUUUAUGUUUGUCUUUACGCUCUGCUGUACUCUGAAAUACCUAUAACUGUAUGUUGCUUUCCUAAAUAAAAUGUGGAAUUUAAAA